UGCUGCUAGUGUGGGAGACUGGGAAGACGGAAAGCAAAGUCUCUUAAACAGAAACAAAGGGAGCAGCUUCAUACGUUGUAAUAUCUACCAGCUUUCCCCAGAGUAGCUUGGGCUGCCACCUGCAGGUCAUUUGGGUCCAGCCAUGUGGCUACUUCUGUUGCUGGGUGCCUUGUUCUGGGCAGUGCUGUGGUUUCUGAGGGACCAGCAAAGCCUGCCUGCCAGCGAUGCCUUCAUCUUCAUCACCGGCUGUGACUCAGGCUUCGGGCGCCUUCUGGCACUACGACUGGACCAGAGGGGCUUCCGAGUCUUGGCCAGCUGCCUGACCCCCUCUGGGGCAGAGAACCUACAGCAGAUGGCCUCCUCCCGCCUCCACACCACCCUGCUGGAUGUCACUGAUCCCCAAAGUGUCCAGCGGGUAGCCAAAUGGGUGGAGACACAUGUUAGGGAAGCAGGGCUUUUUGGUCUGGUGAAUAAUGCUGGUGUGGCUGGUAUCAUCGGACCCACACCAUGGCUGCCAUGGGAUGAUUUCCAUCGGGUGCUGAAUGUGAACACUCUGGGUCCUAUCGGGGUCACCCUUGCCCUAUUGCCGAUGCUACAGCGGGCCCGAGGCCGGGUGGUCAACAUCACCAGCGUCCUGGGUCGCCUGGCAGCCAAUGGCGGGGGCUACUGUGUCUCCAAGUUUGGCCUGGAGGCCUUCUCUGACAGCCUGAGGCGGGAUGUGGCUUCUUUUGGGGUACGAGUCUCCAUCGUGGAGSCUGGCUUCUUCCGAACCCCUGUGACCAGCCUGGAGAAUUUGGAGAACACCCUGCAGGCCUGCUGGGCGCGACUACCUCCAGCCACACAGGCUCACUAUGGGGAGGCCUUCCUUACCAAGUACCUGAAAGUGCAGCGGCGCAUCAUGAACCUGAUCUGUGACCCGGACCUAACCAAGGGGAAGAGAAGGUGAUGAAGAGGGUUCAGGGCCAGCUUGGGUGUUUUUCAUGUAAGGCAGUACUCACUUAAAUUCACCUGAGUGAAGAAUGAGGGACACAGGCCAUACAGGUCUCAAGCAUCUUAUCACCACUCUGAAAGGGGCAAACUCCCCUUGAGGACUAGAGGGGGAAGGAGUUUGCUGGCCCUCAGAGGUGUACAGAAGACCAGAAAGAUGUACAUAGUGGAUCUGGACUGGGCUCUACCAGGUAGGACCUUUGUGGAAAAUCCCUUUGGCUUAUACAAGAGAUGGCUUCAUGUAUGUUCCAGUGCUAAGCCUGGGAGCACAAAAAAGGAAAGGCACUUGGCCACAACCUCCUCUAGAUCCUCACUUCUCUCACCCCCAGUCCUACCCACACCUUUAGCAAAAUUCUCCUUUCCCAAACACCCGCCAAAUCAGGCCUGCCUUUCCCAGAGCUGCACACAGAGAAAGUUUUCAGAGGACAGGGAAUAUGGAAGAUGAGAGAAAAUGGAUCAAGGAUCACUCUACAACAAACUGAAACCAUCUCUUUUUGGUCUGAAAAAAUAAUCCAUUUAAUUGGAAAACCUGAAAGAUUCUAUUCCACACCCCUAGAGGGGCUAAAGAAACCAGACCCGCCUACAUUACUUCAUAUCCACUUCGGAUACUCUUCACAAGGCAACAGGCAAAGACAAUUCCUA